GCAGACAACAAUCGUCUCCUUUAUUAUCACUGUUUCGCUGUGCGUUUUGCUCCUUUCCGUCACUCUUACGCUACGUGUUGACAUUUCUUUAUCGAUCCGAACGCCACUUGUUCGACGACUCCUCUCCGUUCGUUCCAGUAACGUUUGCCGAUCGUUUCUGUUCCCACUCGUAACGUUUUCCUACCCGACACCAUGGCAACAUGUUUGAAACGGUCAGAGGACAAGAUCACAGGAGACGACAAGACGGAGGAUGAAGAGGAGAUAGAUGAAUCGUCGGAUAGUAUGCACGGGCCAUCGGUUGAAGCAGUCUCGUUGACCAACAAUGACCCCGAGGGGAUUACAACGGUCGAAAUCAAAAAGAAAUCUACAGCAAAAAAGUCCAAGAAAAAGGAUGUUAAAACAGACGAGCCACAAAAUGAAACUUUAGAUUGUCCUGUGUGUUUGGGACCUGCAGUGUUCCCAGUACGUAUCCCAUGUGGUCAUAUUUUCUGUUUUUUGUGCGUGAAAGGAGCAGCUCGCCAAGCUAACAGAUGUCCGAUGUGUCGUCAGCAUAUACCUGUUGACUUUGAUAAGAAUCCUAAUGUACUUGAACGCCAAGAAGUAGAAAUAUUUGAUGAUGGUUACCAGUGGUUCUACGAAGGUAAAAAUGGCUGGUGGCAGUACGAAAAAAGUACUUCUGAAGAAAUUGAACAAAAUUUUAAACUUGAAAAUAAAAAAUUUGAUUUACUUAUAUGUGGGACUAUGUAUACAAUUGAUCUCGAUCGCAAUGUACAGUACAACAGAGAAAAUCCUACCAGAAGGAGGAAAGUCAAACGAGAAAAGGCCAAUAACAUUGCUGUUAAAGGAGUAGCUGGUGUUCAUUAACUAACUGUAUAUACAUAUUUUUGAAAAUCUUUUUUUUGCUAUGAAUAUCAUAUCAUUUAUAUUUUCUUUGCAUUUGUUGUAU